GACACUAUCGAUCAAACGCUAUCUAGUUUCAUAUUAAAUAUGUUAUAAUUUCUCUAAUUUUUUUCUGGUUCUCCAAAGCGUCGUUACAGAGUUUUUAUGAUGAAUAUACCAGCAGGGUCCUCGGUUUACGAAGUUCCAUUGCUACGCAGUCGACGUAACACGAAUAUCUCUAAUUGCGCUGUCUUUCGGAGGGGCCAUCGGCCUCAUGUUCCUCAUGCUGGGAUGUGCCCUCCCCGUCUAUGACAAAUACUGGCCACUCUUCCUCCUCUUCUUCUACAUCCUCUCGCCCCUCCCAUACUGCAUCUCGCGGCGGGUCGUAGACGACACCGACUCGGCCAGCAACGCCUGCAAGGAGUUGGCUAUAUUCCUCACGACCGGCAUCGUCAUCUCAGCUUUUGGCCUGCCCAUCGUCUUUGCGCGAGCUGAAGUCAUCGCUUGGGGGGCGUGCGCGCUCGUCUCGACGGGCAAUAUCGUCAUCUUUGCAACCAUCAUGGGCUUCUUCCUCGUCUUCGGAUCCAAUGAUGACUUCAGCUGGCAGCAGUGGUAAACCGACAUAACGAAGGAGGGUCUGAACCGUUUUUAUUAUAGUUAAUGUUAUUAUCAUCUUUAUUAUAUUAUUAUCAUCAUUGUUAUUAUUAUUAUUAUUAGAAUCAUGAUUGAUGGUCUUCUUAUUUGAUCUUUGUUGUUAUUAUUAUUUAUAGUAGAGUCUCUCUGAAGCCGUGCAAUAGCUUUUGUUUUUCUCUGGCCUGCUUAACAGAAAACUGACAUAAAGUGGGUUUAUUUGUUCCGCUUAUUUUGGGGAAUUUCUGUCCAUUAUCUUCCAUUACUAAUGUCGUGAUAUUUGAUUGUUUGGAGCCAAACUGACAUGGAGAACAGCUUGCAAUUCUUUGAAAACUAUAAAAACAUCAACUGAAAGUCUCAGAAGGCCUCCAUGUCAAAUCAAUUUUGUUAUUUUGAGUGCAUUUAAUCCAGUCCACAAAGUGGCGCUCAGUAAUAUCCUUCUUUGCUGGUUUGCCAACUGCUAACCUACGUUCAACAGUCUACAUACCGAGAGGCAGGGGUGGGAAUCACAGAAUGUCUUGCAAAAUGAUAUUGUAAUAUUAUGCCUACAACAACUUACACAAUAAUCAAUAUACACUAUUGGUUGCAUCAACUUUUAUCUUAACUUGAACUCGUGUGGUAUUAUUAGUUCUUAAGACUCCUGAGACUCCCUGCAUGGAAAUAUUCAUUCCGCAUCGAGAAUGUAGAUGACUGGCGCUAAUUGUACCGUUUUGCACUUGAUGUGUUGGCAGAUACCCCAGAGAACAUAACGGGCUGCAUAACAGGCAAUUACUUGUAUGGAGACGGAACGAUAAGAUAUUGAUAUUUUGUCCCAUCCCUGCCUGGACUUGUUGUGUUGGCAGAUACCCCAGAGAACAUAACAGGCGGUUGAUUACUUGUAUGGAUACAGAACGAUAAGAUACUGAUAUUUUGUCCCAUCCCUGCUUUUAUAGGCUUUUAAUUGAAAAUGUGGUGCCAUAUCACGUGAGGUUGUUUUGUUGCUCAUGAUGAAAAGACAAUAAAAAAUCUUUUUCAGUCAUCUCACUGACAUCCAUCCAA